AUGCAUUUUGCAUCAAUACAAUUGGAUCGUUCCGAUGCGAAUGUCAACUGGGUUAUGCAGGGAGCGGCUGGAAUUGUACGAAAAGUUCAGUUGGUCUUGGAGUCAUCUGCUGUAACGUUUCAGAUAUUUGCUCACAAAAAUUUGAUCGACGUUAUGAAGCUCAAUGUUCUCAAAGUGGUGAAUGGGAGAUCCGAUAUUAUUUUGACGCGGCCUCGUCGUCUUGUCGGAGAUUCUGGUACGGUGGGUGCACAAGCGCGAAUCAGAACAUUUUCGCAGAUGCUCAGGUCACCUUCGAGCCAGUCUAUUCGCUAA